AUGUUGGAGAAUGUGGUAAACAUCGCACAAGUAUACUGUGAUAGCAGUGAUAAAGUGGUUUGCGAUCGCUUUGGUAUCACUGAAUCAAAAGUGGCGUUAUUUCAAGACAUUAGAGGAGAUCCUCAAAAUUAUGCUGAAAUCGUCGGCGCCGACCAAUCAGUCGAAGCCAAACACAUAUUCAGAACGGUUCUCUCGAAGUUACCAAAUGUUCGCCAAUUGUCUGCUGAAGAUCUGAAGACUAUAUGGAAAGACUUGAGUGAUAAUCCCUCAGCCGAGCCAUGGAUUGUCGAGUUUACGACAACUGAUAAGGACAGCGAAGCCAAUCAGAUGGAGACCAAACGGUUGAUGUCUCUCUUGAGCGAUGAGAAUAUUAGUGUCGGUAAAGUGUUUUGCGAUCAGGAAUUGAAAGCCUGUUCCCAAUUCUAUAUCCAUAAACACCCGUCGAUUGCAGUCCUCAAGUCCGGUGCUAACUAUGAAUUAUAUCACGGUCGAAUCUUAGCCUUUGAUAUCGCAAACUUUGCUAAAGAAUCUCUUACUAGUGAUCUCCAGACAUUAGAUCCAAAUAUUUUUGAAGAUAAGGUCACAAACCCCGUUCCCACUGGCAAGCCAUGGUUUGUUGACUUCUUUGCACCGGUAGUGGUGUCCGCCGUGUAUGAAACUAAUGCCAGAAAUCCGAAAGGCGUCGCGAAGUGCUAA